CCUAGCAUUUCUGAGCAAUAUAGCCCACAUCAUAAUUGGCAGCCAUGAAGUGGGUAACAUUGAUAUCAUUUAUUUUCCUUUUAAAUUCUGCCCGUUCCAGAAAUCUGCAAAGAGUUGCUCGAGAAGCAGAGUACAAGAGUGAGAUUGCCCAUCGCUACAAUGACUUGAAAGAAGAGACAUUUAAGGCAGUUACCUUGAUCACAUUUGCCCAGUAUCUCCAGAAAUGUUCUUACGACGGCCUGUCUAAGCUGGUGAAGGACGUCGUUGAUCUGGCACAGAAGUGUGUGGCCAAUGAAGAUGCUCCUGAGUGCACAAAAUCACUGCCCUCCAUUUUCCUGGAUGAAAUCUGCCAAGUAGAAAGUCUCCGCGACUCGUAUGGUGCAAUGGCCGACUGCUGUGCUAAAGCUGAUCCUGAAAGGAAUGAGUGUUUCCUGUCCUUUAAAGUUCCCCAGCCAGACUUCGUUCAGCCCUACCAAAGACCAGCUGCAGACGUGAUAUGCCAGGAGUACCAGGACAACCGGGUGUCAUUCCUGGGACAUUUCAUCUAUACUGUUGCACGAAGAAACCCCUUCUUGUAUGCCCCAAGCAUCCUUGGUCUCGCUUCUGAUUAUGAACACGCGCUUCAAAAGUGCUGCAAAGAGAGCGACGUUGGUGCUUGCUUGGAUGAAAAGGCAGUUGCCAUAAAAGAAAAAGCCAAGAAAGCAAGCUUGAAGCAGCAGUAUUUCUGUGGAAUCAUCAAGAAGUUUGGUGACAGAAUUUUCCAAGCAAAUCUGAUUACUCGCAUGAGCCAGAAAUAUCCCAAGGCUCCAGUCUCAGAAAUUAUUAAACUUGUACGUGGGAGUCUGGAUGUCACCAAAGAGUGCUGCAGUGGGGACAUGGUAGAGUGCAUGGAUGACAGGGCAGAGCUUAUGAGCUAUGUAUGCUCUAAACAAGAUGUGUUCUCAAGUAAAAUCAAAGACUGCUGUGAGAAAUCAGUGGUGGAGCGCAGCCAGUGCAUUAUCGAUGCCGAGUUUGAUGACAAGCCUGAAGAUCUUCCUUCGCUAGUCGAGAGAUACAUACAAAAUCAGGAUGUGUGUAAAGAAUUUGAGGCAGACCAUGAUGGAUUCUUGACCGAGUUUCUUUAUGAAUACUCACGAAGACACACUGAGCUCUCCACGCAGCUGAUUCUGCGAAUUGCUAAGGGAUACGAAGCACUCCUGGAAAAAUGCUGCAAAACAGACAACCCUGCCGAGUGCUACGGAAACGCGGAAGAUGAUUUGAACAAACAUAUCAGAGAAACUCAGGAUGUUGUGAAGACAAACUGCGAGUUUCUCAACACCCAUGGAGAGGCAGACUUCCUUAAAGCCAUUGUGACCCGCUACACGAAGAAAAUGCCUCAGGUAUCUACUGACACCUUGUAUGAGAUUGGAAAGAAAUUGACAGCCGUGGGCACGAAGUGCUGCGGCCUUCCUGAAGACAGACGCCUGCCCUGUUCCGAGGGAUACCUGAGCUUGGUGAUUCAGGACCUGUGCAGGAGACAGGAGACCACACCUAUCAACGACAACGUCUCACGUUGCUGCAACGACUCCUACGCUUACAGGAGACCGUGUUUCACUGCCCUGGGGGUAGACACCAAAUACGUGCCUCCACCGUUUGACCCUCAGGUGUUCGACUUCGAUGAAACGUUGUGCUCUGCUCCCCGUGCCGAACAGGAAGUGAAGCAGGCGAAAUUGCUCAUCAACCUCAUUAAACGCAAGCCCCAAAUAACAGAAGAACAAAUCAAGGCAAUUGGUGAUAAUUUCACUUCCAUGACAGACAAGUGCUGCAAGCAGUCGGAUAUUGAGACAUGCCUCGGGGAAGAGGGUGUAAAACUAAUAGAGCAGAGCAGAGCCGCUCUAGGAAUUGGUGCUUAA